AUGUCAUUCAACCACUACAGAAGUAGUAGAAGCCCGUAUCGGGACCGAUACGACAGCUGGAUGCGGGACCGCCACCUGGACCGACAGCGUGAAGUGUCGCCGCACAGAACCUGCAGGAACGACCGACACGACCGACCGACGUCAUGGGACACUAAGAGAGGCGAACGGAGGGACGAGCCCAGAGAAUAUAGAGAAUACGGCAGCCCGGGAGACUCGUUGCCGAGAGCACGAGAGCGUGUGGGGCGGUCGCCGCGGUCACCACGCGACAUUCGACGGCUGUCCGACUGCAGUCGCAUGUCUGAUUCCCGAAUCGAGCUGGAUUCCCCGUUAGCCCAGAGACGACAUUCUAGCAUAGCUCACGAGCAGAUAGUGGCACGUGACAACCACAGUGGUACAUUCCGCCGCGGCGACAGAGACUCCACAUCCUCACGAACGCGGGUCAGCCGGUUUGAUGCCGUCGACCCGGUGGCAGUGGCAACUUCUAUCGCUGCCAAAAUCAAUGCCGGGCUCAUGGCCCGUGAUCUCGCUUACCGCAAGCAGCAGACCGAUCCGGCGCGACAAAUGGACGAGGAGGACGCAGAGUCACGUAAUGAGGACUCGUCGUCGUCGUCAGCGAGCAAACUCUCCAUGGGGUCUAUGGGAUCCGAAGACACCUCGGGCUACGACUCUCCACAGCCGGUCCCUAAGCGUCCUAUCAUAAAGAUGACUCCUCGCUGUGUUAAGAGCCCCAGCCCACAGACUGAGACGCUUGCGGCACCCGCUGUCGCAGAGGCAGAGCCCACGCAUUACACCCGUGAUGUGGAUAUCAACGGCUUCCGAAGCAAGCACCUGCUGACCAAGUCCUCGACACAGGCUGAGAUCCAGGCCACGACGGGCUGUUCGGUCACCUCCCGUGGCCGGUUCAUGGACAAGGGCGAGAUCCCUGGUGACGAAAAGCCGCUCCACCUGCAUUUGGAGGGUCCCACAACGGAGUCCAUCGCCGCUGCUGUCAACAAAAUCCAGUCAAUCCUGCAUCAGGAUAUGUACGACGACCAUCGAAACCCCGCGGCUUUCUACCGCAACGUGUCGGUCGUCAACAACUCCGGAUUGACUCCCUUCCAGCUGCGAGGGCUUGUUGUGGGCCCUCAGGGACAGAACAUCAAGCACAUCCAGCAGGCAUCUGGCUGUCGCAUUCAGAUCAAGGGCAUUGGCAGCCGGUAUAUGGAGGGCGAAGUGGAGGAACAGGUGCCGCUGUACGUCAACGUGAGUGGCCAUGACGAGGCAUCCGUUGACAUUGCUGAGCAUCUGAUCAUGGAUCUUAUGAGAGUGGUGGAGAGCAGUGCUCAUAAGCGAUACCGAAUGAGUAAGCGGUAA